GGAGGAAGAGGAGGAAAAGAGGUUUCCACAUCUCAGGCAGUCCGGCUUGACGCGCCGAGUCUGGUUUUACGCACAGGGGAGCGCGCAGAUUUUUUUCUAAAGGCUUUAAGUUAUUUACUUUUACUUUAUUAGUUUAUCGCGCCAACAACACGUUUGGAGACGACUCUAGAAAACUUAUUUCGUGUUUUAAUCCACGUUUUGCGCGUUUGGGUGACCCAAUUCCUUGCUCAGUGCGCAACUGCGACUCAGUAUCGUUUUUGUUUGUUGUUUUUGGGUUGGGGUGGCAAAAUGAUAUUCUGACAUGUAGAAUUGCGUUACUUUUGUCAAGGACAAUAUUCAACAUUAUUUCCCGUUUGGUCUGAGACAUUCAGAAGAACGCCAGAUAUAGCUCGAGAAAGACGCAGGCCACUUUGACAAAAAGUGCGCCCAUUCCAUCAGAGUGUCACUCGCUUACGAGUCUCCCGCUGAGCUGAGGCCGGCGGCGCUGACAUGCUGCCCAAAGUCGAGACUGAAUCGCUGGGACUCUCUCGAUCGUAUGGGGAACAAGGACAUAUGCCAAGAAAUUUGCAAGUUCCACAAUUAAAAAUGAUGGACUACUCAUAUGACGAAGACUUGGACGAGAUGUGUCCCGUGUGUGGAGACAAGGUUUCAGGCUACCACUACGGACUCCUCACCUGUGAAAGCUGCAAGGGCUUCUUCAAGCGCACGGUCCAGAACAACAAGCGCUACACAUGUAUUGAGAACCAGAGUUGCCAGAUUGACAAGACCCAGAGGAAGCGCUGCCCAUACUGCCGCUUCCAAAAGUGCCUCACUGUCGGCAUGAAGCUGGAAGCUGUGCGAGCAGAUCGUAUGCGAGGAGGACGCAACAAGUUCGGCCCAAUGUACAAACGUGACAGGGCCCUCAAGCAACAGAAGAAGGCACUGAUCCGAGCUAACGGCCUGAAAAUCGAGGCCAUGAGCCAGGUGAUGCAGGCUGUCCCUACCGACCUCACCAUCUCAUCAGCCAUUCAGAACAUUCACUCAGCUGCCUCCAAGGGCCUUCCGCUGAGCCAUCACGCUGGCCACCACGCCAGUCACCAUCAUCACCACCACCACCAUCAUGGCACCGCCUUACCCCCGACAGACUAUGACCGCAGUCCUUUCGUCACUUCACCCGUCAGCAUGGCAAUGCCACCGCAUGCCGGCAGCUUGCAGGGCUACCAAACAGCCUACGGACACUUCCAAGGCACACGCACCAUUAAGUCUGAGUACCCAGACCCAUACACCAGCUCCCCUGAGUCCAUCAUGGGCUACGCCUACGUUGAUGCCUACCAGUCGGGCUCGCCACCCAGUUUCCCCCACCUGAUCGUAGAGCUGCUCAAGUGUGAACCGGACGAGCCUCAGAUUCAAGCGAAGAUCCUGGCCUACCUGCAGCAGGAGCAGGCCAGCCGGGGAAAGCACGAAAAGCUCAACACCUUCGGUCUCAUGUGCAAGAUGGCUGACCAAACGCUCUUCUCCAUCGUGGAGUGGGCUCGCAGCAGCAUCUUCUUUCGUGAACUCAAGGUUGACGACCAGAUGAAGCUUCUGCAGAACUGCUGGAGUGAACUCCUAAUCCUGGACCAUGUCUUUAGGCAGGUCAUGCACGCCAAGGAGGGCUCCAUUUUAUUGGUCACUGGGCAGCAGGUAGACUAUGCAGUGAUCGCAUCCCAGGCUGGGGCCACCCUCAAUAAUCUAUUGAGCCAUGCCCAGGAACUGGUGACGAAAUUACGUUCUUUGCAAAUGGACCAACGGGAGUUUGUCUGCCUGAAAUUCCUGGUCCUCUUCAGUCUUGAUGUGAAGAAUCUGGAGAACUUCCACCUGGUAGAGAGCGUUCAGGAGCAGGUGAACGCGGCGCUGUUGGACUACGUCAUGUGUAACUACCCACAGCAAACAGACAAGUUUGGUCAGCUGCUCCUGCGGCUGCCAGAGGUUCGAGCCAUCAGCCUGCAGGCCGAAGAAUACCUUUACUACAAACACCUGAAUGGCGACGUGCCCUGCAACAAUCUGCUCAUUGAAAUGCUCCACGCCAAGAGAGCUUAAGAGGGAACAUCUGCUGGACCUCGUGAGGAAUGAGGCUCCAGCCCAAAGUCUCCUGUUUUUAUUUAAAUCCACCUCAGCCCUGUGUUGAUUUUGUAAAGGACGGAAAGCUGUGUUAAAAACUCGUGAAAUCUGCACAAACUGAGCGUGCACACGUAGGAACAAGAGGAAAGAAGUGUAGUCACGCAGGACACCAAGAGGAACACUUGAACUUAACAAAGACUCAAUGUUUAUAACACCAGUGACUAAGAAAGACCGUUGUAUAGGAUGCGGACUUGUGUUUAAAUGCUUCUUUUAGCUCUGGUUGGUACUGUACAGACAAGCAUUCAUGUGGUCGACCAAAGCGGACUCCUUACCUGCGAUCACUGAACUCAUGGAUACAGCAGCGGCAGCUUGACCUGACCAAAAAAUGUGAGAAAUGACUCUUAAGGUAAGAAAGAAAUGUCCCUCCAUGAUCAAAACAGUACUACUCCAGUAAGAGAAGAAAUUUAGUGGGUGUCCUUAUUUCAUGUACUUCAGAGGGUCAAAUGUUAAAUACAUAUAGUUAUUAAUAUCAGCAAAAACAAUAGCAUAUUGACAUUUUUCCUGCAAAAACACUUAAUUUUACAAUUUUAUUAAACAAAAACUAAUGGAACAAAACAAACUGUGGUUUUGGAUGUGGUUCUAGCCAGCCUUCGCCCAGAAAGACCAAAGCUUGCUGCAGAUGAAGGAAAUUACACAAAACCUUUAUAAUCAGUAUUAUUUAAAAUAAAAUGCAAAAAAAAAAAACUGAAAAAAAA